GCGCCGCGCGCACCGCCGCCCGUGUCUGCCCACGCGCGCCUGCGUGGGGCGGCCGGCAGGGAUGGCGGAGGAGGAGGCCGAGGAGCAGCAGCGGUUCUCUUACCAGCAGGAGGAGCCUUGCAGGGAGCGUGGAAUAGCGUGGUCUGGCCUCGUCUUUCCGGGCCCUGGCUCGAGGCUCGGAAGUGGUGUUUCUGUGCGUCCCGCACCAGAGACCUCGUCCAUCGAUCCUGCACUCGGAGCGAGGCUGAGGGCGGCCGUUCACUACACCGUCGCUGGCCUCUGCCAGGAGGUGGCUUCCGACAAGGAGAUGCCCUUCAGCAAGCAGAGCAUCGCGGCCAUCUCGGAGGUGACUUUCCGGCAGUGUGAAAAUUUUGCCAAAGACCUUGAGAUGUUUGCAAGACAUGCGAGAAGGAGCACAAUUAACACUGAAGACGUGAAGCUCUUAGCCAGGAGGAGUAAUUCACUGCUGAAAUACAUCACAGAGAAAAGUGAAGAGAUUGCCCAAUUUAACACGGAGCAAAAGGCAAAGAAGAAAAAGAAGUUAGAGGAGGGAAACAAAACGCUGGAAGCGGCCGAGGUGGUGGAGAGUGAGAGCUAGAGCCGAGCUCGGCGAGGGCCGGGCAGAGCCGCCAGGGGUGCAAGGACACACAGCCGGGCGCUUCCUGCCGGGCCGAGUUCCCGUGUGCGGAAGCUGGUUUGCAGGAGGGCUGGAGGCCCCGGGCGAGCCCUCCAGGUCUUCCUCCAUAGAAAAGGCCGCGUGUGCCGGAAACCGCUUCUGUUAGCCGCUGGACAGUCGGCUUUCUCGAGGGAAGAUCGGUGACUCCUUGGUUCUCUGACACAGUUUUCUGGGCUGGAUGAUGGCCUGAAGAUGGGUGAGCGGUGUGUGGUGUCUCUCGUCAGCAGUGUUUCUAAGCUUAGCCUGUGAUCACUGGGAGGAAGCUGCAUGUCCGGCACUGCUCCCUUGGACUAGUUAAAGGUAAUGUUCUCCAGAAACACAGUUUAUAUGGCUUUUCUCUGGUUAUUUUGUAAUUAAACUUCUUUCAGGCAACGUCUGGCUUUGGAUUACU